AUGGGACAAUUUCAUUCAAGCGAGGCAAGCUCUGCUCCAGAACAAGACAAAAAGACUGAUUAUUAUGAAUUGUUGGGCAUAGCACGCGGCGCCACUGACGAGGAAAAGAAAGCACUUGUGCUGCAUCCAGAUCGGAAUUAUGGAAAUGUCGACGAAGCUACCAAACUCUUUGCCGAAAUUCAGUCCGCAUACGAAGUCUUAGCCGACCCCCAAGAACGAGCAUGGCCUUUUUUGGGGACCGACGGAGGUGCUGGGGAUCAACACUCGUACAACGUUCGGAUCACAACCGCCGAAGAUGUCCUCAAAUUAUUUUCCAAGUUCAGUCCUCGCAUGGAGUUUUCAGACUCCCCAACUGGAUUCUUUGGUGGUUUACAAGAGCAAUUUGAUCGGCUCGCGCUCGAGGAGAGACUGGCUUGCCAGUGGGAGAACCAGGAUCCUCUCGAGUAUCCUUCCUUUGGGUCUUGUGACGGGGAUUUCGAAACCGUAGUGCGGCCAUUCUAUGCUGCAUGGAGCGGAUUUUCCACUCAAAAGUCGUUUGCAUGGAAGGAUGUUCAUCGAUAUUCCGAAGCGCCAGAUCGUCGAGUGCGACGAAUGAUGGAGAAGGAAAAUAAACGCCUGCGAGAUGAGGGUAUCCGCGAAUUUAACGAUGCGGUCAGAUCCCUCGUGGCUUUUGUCAAAAAGCGUGAUCCGCGGUACAAGUUCAAUGCGCAGAGUGAAGCUCAACGCCAGGAAACUCUCCGUCAAUCCGUAGCGGCGCAAGCGGCCAGAUCACGAGCACUCAACCAAGCCAAGAUGCGAGACCAUGUCUUACCAGACUGGGCCCAGUCGGAGCAACCGGCGGUGAGCGACGAGGAGAGUGAAGAGAGCGAAGUUGAGAGUUUUGAGUGUGUGGCUUGCCACAAGUUUUUCAAGAGUCAAAAGCAAUCCGAGGCCCAUGAACGCAGUAAGAAGCAUCAGAAAGCCGUCAAACAAUUGUGCUGGGAGAUGCGAAUGCAGAACGAGGAAUUGGACUUGGAAUCCGUGGGCCGUUCGAAUGUUGAGAUGGUCGCACCUCCAUCUGAGACAUCUCAAAUCGACGAAGAUGAUGUCAAGACGUCGUCCGAAGCUGAUGGGUCAUCACAUUCCCUCCGCCCUGGUGCUAACUUCGACGACAAUGAAAGCCCACCGGUCCCGGGUGAGAUAUCUGAGGAUCGACCACUGUCAGCUCCAGUUCCCAGUCAAGACGAGCAUCCCGUUGCCUCGGCGUCGGAGGAGGACGACUAUGCCUCCAGGGACUACGUUGAGACCAGACUGCGCACUGAGAUGGAUUCUCUGGUCACCACAACUGCCAGUGAUGAAUUGUCUCCUUCAGGUCUCGCUGAGGCUUCUUCGGCACCUAAGCUGGGCAAGGCCAAGCAGAAGAAAGCAAAGAAGGCCGCUAAGGAGGCCAAUCAACCCAGUGGCUUCGCGUGCGCACGAUGCCAGGAGUCUUUCCCAUCCAAGUCUAAACUAUUUGAUCACAUCCGAGAGCUACCUGAUCACGCACAGCCCGUUAAGAAACCAGCCAAGAAGGGGAAAAAACACUAG